ACUUUUGCGUGGUCGCAACAUAUUACAACAAAAUUGUGAACUAUAAGUCAUCCUGGGUUUUUUGUUUCUUCUGUGAAAGUGUAUUGCACAGUGUACUGUACUACCCUAGAGUUACUCCAGUAUAAAAAUUAGGGAAAUGUAGAGGUGUAAAGUGGAAGUAUAAAUAUGAAUGGAAUGAAUUCAAUGGAAUGAAUUUUGACUGGAUGAACAUGUAUGUUGCGUUUUCGAAUAAUGGACAAAAAUGGAAAUGAAUCAUUAGGGAAGCAAGAGGAGUUGGUUUCAAACAGAGACAUUCUGAAUAAACUUCAGAUAUUUCUAGACAAUAAUAUACGAUUCAUAGGAAAUGUAAGCUGGAUUAUUGGUGGUAUUGGUUUGGUGGUAAUCAUUAGAAGAACCUACGCUUUUCAUCAUUUUACCAAAACAUCAUCCAUUCCUGAAACCUACUUCAAAAAUAAUGCCACAUUAACAGGAAAAGUCAUGAAAGUCUGUGAUAAUGGCCAUCUAGGUGUUCUUCAUUUACCAUUGCUGUGGAGAGCUCGAAUAAAAUAUAUCACAGAUCCCAGCUUGCUGGAUAUCAACAUAAGUGGCAUUGAAUUGCAAAGUGGUGGUCUUGAAUUCCUGAACUCUGAACUUGCAAGCAACAUGAUUAAGUUUCAACUUCUUGGCAAAGACGAGUCUGAUAAUAUAGAAUCGAUUGUUUACCACAAUAAGGGUUGGUUAAGACGAAAAUCCUGCCUGAAUGAAGAUAUUGUCAGUCGUGGGUUUGCCACUUCAAAACAUGUCUCGUGCUUAUCUGAUGUUGCAGCAUAUAACAAUCUCGUUGAAAGAUUAGUACGUGUUGAAGUCAGGGCAAUGAAGAGAAAGUCGGGCAUUUGGAAAGAAGACAGCCAUGGGAUUUUUCAAAGAAUUUGGUCGUGGUUUAGGAAAAAAAUAUUUAGAAAUUGAUGUACUGGUUUAUACUGUCUGUAAUAUAUGUGUAUAAAAUACACCGAAUAUUAGUAUUAGAUGCUUUUCUUUGUCCAGAAACGCUGUGUAUAUAAACAUUAGUAUUUCUCUCUCAUUCAAACUGCCGGCGCUU